AUGGAUUUCGAAAGCAACAAUGUCACUCACCGUAAACCGUGUAGAUCAAGCUCUUUAACCGACUUAACUAUUAUGACAAAUGAGAAGGCUAUAUUUGACUGUACUAUGAUGAGUAUACCUGAUAGCUUUCAUGAUAACAGCGCUGCUUUAAGUGAUUUAUCGGAACAAAAUAAAAUUCUUACAAUGCAAUUAUUGAGUGCACAUCAAGAGAUAGAUAAUUUAAAUACCGAAAACUUUAGACUAAAGACAGAUUUACAAGAAAUGAUCAAAAAGGUUAAUAUGUACAAAACUAUAUGCUCAACGCCUACAAAAAAAAAAUAUAGCACCAUUACACAAAUCAACCACUUCACAUCACAAAACUAAAACAUGUAGUGUAACAUUGAACGAUACAUCAAAUGAAUCAUUUCGUGAUUGCUCUAAUACUGUUACUGCAACGGUCAGUAAGGAAACGCAAACUUAUGAAACCUGUAAUCCACAGUUACAUAAUUUGAGCAAACGAUCCUUCAAUGACGACAAAAAAAAUCGUGGAGUAGAAAUUGCAAACAACAAGCAGUUACAGAAACCUAAACAGAAAAAUAAAAUGUGUGUUCUUAAUAGUAAGAGAAUUAGAGGAUCCUUAUUUGCACUGGAAGAUGUGUUCUCGGAAUGUUUUGAUUAUUGCCAUUAUUUAAUACCAAACAGUACAACCGAAGAGUUAAUGAGCAAUCUUACACAAAAACUUAAGAGCUUUAAUUUAAAUGACUACUGUUUACUUUUUAUUAGUGAACUUGACAUAAAGGAAAAUAAUGACUAUGGAAAAGUAAUACGGAGUAUACGAGAAUCAUUGCAAGUAGUUACGCACACUAACAUAAUUAUAUGUUCUCCUACAUACAUAGCAGGAGCACCUAUGUAUAACUUCAAGGUAGAUAUGUUUAAUAAUCUCCUGUAUCAAAGCAUACAAAAAUAUAAAUACGCAUACUUUUAUGACAGCAACCAUAACCUAUCACAUGAAAUGUUGUCCUACACAACGGGCAAAAUUAAUAGCUACGGGAUAAGAUGCAUAUAUAAAUAAAUUAUGGAUAACAUACUGAUCGACAUUAACCUAUUCGGUGGAAUGAGUGCAGAAUUAUGUGGUAGUGGGGAGAGUUGCAAUGCUACCGAUUCUCAUACAAACAAAGAACCGACUAACUUUUUUCGUCACUAA